GGACGGAGAGAGCUGCCUCCGCUGCCAUUUUACUUUUGACGCUCAGAGGGGCGCCCCUUCCCGGCAGACUAUUCCAGGAGCAGAGUUAUGAAACGGGUAGAGCGGGCCACCCGCGGGCGAGGACGGGUUCGCCGUGACUAAGGACUUUUCCUCGUUCCUCCGAAUCCGGGGUUUUAUCGGAGCUAAGAUGGAGCAGCAAGAAAGCGCGUCUCUUCCUCCCACCCAAAUGCGAUCCUACAUGGCAGGGCUGCCGUAAGCCCUUGUCAGGCACAGCCCUCCUCCAACCCGCAGUAGAGCAUAAUAAAGCUGGAGGGCUACACAGCCGGGUUGUUGUAUGCGAGUCCCUCAGCCUCCCUACCCCAGCCUGCAGUAUUGACCCUGAACUACAUUGCAGGGCUGUUGUAAGCCACUUUCGUCCUCUCCACCUUUUUGAGAGGAGAAGAAAUUCACACAAAGAGCCGACUUAGGAGAAGCAGCAGCAGCAGAAUCUCCCGCUUUUGCUGCUGGGGGUGCCCCUUUGGGGACUGAGGACCCAGUCGCAGCUGUGGCGAGACCCUGCGUUUCUCCAUUGGUCUCAAAGGGCAGGUCCCUCAUUCCUGCAAUUGGAGGGAAGGGGUGCGGGGUAGAGAGAGGCUUAAAAGGGGCUCCUCAAAUGGGAACAGGAAACUGCCUGUCAGAAGAGCCAGAGGAGGCCUUCUCUGACCUUGCUAUUCUGUUAUUUUCAGACUAAACAAAUUCCUCCCCACCAUCAGUAGGAUCUCACGGAUGGGGGUGGAGAAGCAUGCCCCCCGGCCCCCAAAGUCCUGGACCUUUGAAUCUCAUUGGUGGUGGGGAGGCAGAGCCUCUGCCUCAAGGCCCAUUGCUCUACCCCUCACCCCACACAUGUGAAGGAGUUGGGGGGACCAAGCGCCCCCUUUACUUGGCUGUGCACAACGCAGGAGCCCCCAGGGAGGACUGUCAGUUUCCAGCCCUAGUGUGUUUUUUUGGGGGGGUCUUCUCCUGCCCUCCCCUUCCCUGCAUACAUACAUACAUUGAUUAGUUGCUUGUUACCAAAAGGCAGCGCCUUCCCAUCUAUUAUGAGAGAGGCCAUUGCUGCUCCGAUUUUACAGACAGAAAAAACUGAGGCUAAGAACCUGCACCUCUUUUACCAGGCAACCUGCAGUGGCUCUUGUAAAGACACUCUCGGCCCCGGCCCCUGCACUCCCCCCCACCUUCACUCCGGCCUUCUCACUGUUUUGUCAUUGGUUUGCCCUGUUAGCCUCCCUGGCCCCCUUUGCCUCUCCACACACACACCCUCCAUCCCGCACAAGACCAGCUGUGCCUUCCGCAGGGAGAACAGUCCCAUUUCCCCUUCUCGUGCUUGUAUUUGGUGCCCUGGUUUCUGCAGACUUUGUGUGUGCUGAUGUGUUGAAAACACUUAUUGUAAAAUCAACCAAUCAGUAUAAUCAAAGUGGCAUCCAUCCAGUCUGGAGCAUCCUCUGAACGCUUCCCCCAAACACCCAAGUGCUGAGCCAGGAUAUUUGCCUGCCGCCGUCUUCUCGGAGGGUCCUGGGAACUUUGGUGAACAAACAAGGCUGAAGCGGAUUCCUCGUUCCCAGCGGGGUCUUGCUUUGCAGUUCCUGGAUAAGGAGCGGGAAGGGGGGUAGCCUCCCUCCCCCCACCCGUACCCCAUCAUCAUCGCCUUUGGGCCACCCCCCAGAUUGUGUGUUCAGACACUGCUGGUUGUCUGGCAACUUCUCCUUUAGAGCUAUUUUCUCAGUGCAUAUUUGGUGUGUUCCAAACAAUCUUGUUUUCUUGCCAAGAAAAAAGUGCAUUUUUAUUAUUCCCUUCAAAGCCCUCUGCUGAGUUUCCUUGUCAAAACUUCCUGAGGGCGGACAGCAGAUCCCAACCCCUUCCUGCCUCUCUCUCUCUCUCUCUCACCCCCCCAUCCCGCCUUCUCUCACGCACACUUCAUCUUCUCUUACUUCCACUUAAGCCCCAGAGCCACCCAGCACAGAUUGGGGAGAAAGAGAGAACAGGGGGUGUCAUUCACCCUUUCUGGUUAGGAGCAGGGUGUGACGCUUGGAUUCUGUCCAGGUUUCUUUGCCCUCCUUGUGUUUUCCUGCGUGAGAAGCAGCGAGGUAGAGGAGGUGGUUCUCAUUCCUCAGACGUGGAGGAUUCUUUGGCUGACCCUUGACAAGGACCAGGAUGAUCCAGUUCACCAUUCUGUUGCUGUGGAUGCAACUGGAUUGCGGCCUCUUGCUCAGUCCCAGUGACCCCAAUGUGUGCAGCUACUGGGAAAGCUUCUCCACUCCCUCCAAAGAGUCCUACGUGCAGCCCUUUUCCCAGGCCUUUGAGGAGCCUUGUGACAGGAUGUGGCCCUUCGCAAAGACCUGCACUCGGCAAAAGGUGCUGUAUAAGGCAGCCUACCGGCAAGGUGUCAAAGUUGACUACAGGAGGCGCCAUCGCUGCUGCAAGGGCUAUUACGAGAGCAAGGAGCUUUGUGUCCCUCGUUGUACCCAGGAGUGUGUGCACGGGCGGUGUGUGGCUCCAGACCAGUGCCAGUGCGAACAAGGGUGGAGGGGCACAGACUGCUCCAGUGAGUGCAGCACCCUGUUCUGGGGACCAGAUUGUGAGAAGCCCUGCCAGUGUGUGAACGGAGGCAGCUGCGACCCCGUGACUGGGGCCUGCGUUUGCCCGCCAGGCUACGAUGGCCCCGUGUGCCAAGCCCCCUGUGCCCCAGGGACCUACGGCCAAGGGUGCCUGCAGGACUGUCGCUGCGAGAAUGGCGCUGACUGUGACCGGGUGACGGGGGCCUGCCGGUGCUCCCAGGGAUUCAGUGGCGCACACUGUGAGCAGCCCUGCCUCAAUGACACCAGUGGGUUCCAGUGCCAGGCCCAGUGCCCCUGCCAGAAUGGGGGCAUCUGCCACCCCCCCGAGAGCAGCAAGUGCGCCUGCCCCCCUGGAUGGAUGGGUGCCAUCUGCUCCACCCGCUGCCCUGAAGGGCGCUUUGGCUCCAGCUGCCAAGGGGAGUGUCGGUGCCACAACGGAGGGCAGUGUGACCGUGACUCUGGGCAGUGUCGCUGUGCACGGGGCUACACCGGAGAGCGAUGCCGCGAGGAGUGCCCCAUUGGCCAGUAUGGGCAGGACUGCAGCCAGGUCUGUGACUGCAGCAACGGGGGCCGCUGCUUCCACAUCGAUGGGGCCUGCCUGUGCGAAGCAGGCUUCCUCGGCAGCCGCUGCGAGGAGAGGGAGUGCAUGCCUGGCCUCUAUGGCCUCGCCUGCCACUUGCCCUGCCUCUGCGACCCUCAGCACACCCAGAGCUGCCACCCGCUCUCCGGGGAAUGCACUUGCAAGCCAGGCUGGGCAGGACUUCACUGCAACGAGACCUGCCCUCAUGGACAUCACGGCGUUGGCUGCCAGGACCCCUGCUUGUGCCUGAAUGGGGGGACAUGCGACAGUGAAACGGGACUGUGCGCUUGCCUGGCAGGCUACAUGGAUGAGCACUGCUCCAGUCGCUGCCCAGAGGAGACCUACGGAGUGAACUGCUCCCUGCUUUGUGCCUGCCAGAACGCCCUGGCCUGCUCUCCCAUAGACGGCGCCUGUGUCUGCAAGGAAGGUUGGCAAGGAGUGGACUGCUCCAUCCCCUGCACUGCGGGCACCUGGGGCCCUGGUUGCAAUGAGACCUGCCAUUGUGCCCAUGGAGCUUCCUGCAGCCCUGUCAGCGGAGGGUGUACGUGUGCGGCAGGCUGGCACGGCAGCAGGUGCGAGGAGCCCUGCCUGAAGGGAUUCUAUGGCCUUGGCUGCAGGAGAAAAUGUUCCUGCCAGAACGCAGACGGCUGUGAUCCCAUCACAGGAGAGUGCCACUGCCUACCUGGAUGGACAGGCGUUGGCUGCAGCCAGGAGUGUGCAAGUGGCCUGUGGGGGCAGCACUGCAGCCAGCUGUGCUCCUGCAAGAACGGGGCCACCUGCUCCCCCAAGGAUGGGAGCUGUGACUGCACCCCCGGCUUCCGGGGGCCCACCUGCCAGCGCCCCUGCCCGUUGGGGCGUUAUGGCAAGAAGUGUUCUGUGCCCUGCAAGUGUACCAACCACUCCAUCUGCCACCCUGUGGAUGGCUCCUGUGAUUGUCCUCUUGGGUGGACAGGCAGUGACUGCUCCAGGCGAAGCCACGAUCAGCCGCCCCUCACUGUGGCUCCCGCCAUGCCUGCUGGCUCCCCCUCCCUGGGGGCUGUAGUGGGCAUCGUCAUCCUGACGGUCUUGCUGGUGGCUUUGCUGGUGGUCUUCCUCUGUUACCGGCACUGGCAGAAGGACAAGGAGUACCGGCACAUGGCUGUGGCUUACACCACAGGGAGGACGGACACGUCAGAGUAUGCAGUGCCAGAUGUCCCUCCCAGCUACUCCCACUACUACUCCAACCCCAGCUACCACACCCUCUCGCCAUGUUGCCCCAGCCUCCCCAUCCCCAGCCUCCCGGAGCAGCCUGGCUCUGGCAAGUUGAUCAGCAGCCAGCAUUUGCCCACCGCAAAGAGCGUGGACCGAGAAUGGCCGGCAAUGUAUGGGGCAGAUUGCAACACCACACUGCCUGCUGACUGGAAGCACCACAGGGGGACUCCAGCCCUGAGCCACUCGGGGCAAGGAGGAAGUCAGAUGGACCGCAGCUACAGCUACACUAAUGGGCUUGGGAGAUACCACAGCAAAGGCCAUAGCAAGGAGGAGUCCCUGUGUCGAAGGAGCGACAGUUCCCUGAGCAGUGAGAGUCCUUAUGCCACCAUCAAGGACUUGCCCGUCCUCACAGGGAAGCCCUCGGAAGGCAGCUACAUGGAGAUGAAAUCCUCCGUGAGAUGCGAGAUGUCCUAUGCAGAGAUCGGCCUCUUUGAAGAGCCGGUCCAAAGUCUGGAGGAGGAGGAGGAAGGUAAUGGCUUGGCGAGGGCCAAAGCCGUCUUGCCUGCAGCUUCUGCUCUUCUCCCAAACCACUAUGACUCCCCCAAGAACAGCCACAUCCCCAGCCACUACGACAUGCCGCCCAUCAGGCACUGCCCCCCGUCACCCCCACUCCGCAGGCAAGACCGAUGAGGACUGGAUGCCCCCCGCUCUGCUGCUGCGUGAGCCUUCUCCUCCGGGAAGGACUGAGGGCCAGUGUAUGAAGUGGUGGGCCUGCUCAAACUCGUCAUGCAGCAUCUGCUAAGGCCACAAGGUGCAGGGCCUUCACUGCCCCAGGCAUCAGCCGCCCUCACAGCCGUUGAGAAUUGAGGGGCAGGGAUGGUGGAUGAUGACCGAUUGGUCACCCCCCACACCACAAGAGCCUCCUCUUCCCAUCUUGCCUCUGGGAUUUUGGAUAGAGGUCAGUGUUCAGCUCAGUCUCGCCAAGGCAGCCGCCCACCCCCACCAGUUGUACGGAACUGAGAAGUCCGGGGUGUGCCCUGAGCAGUCUUUGGCAGAGAAGAGCCAACGCAGGGCAGGCAUUUUGUAACCGUGGUAGGCUUUGUGUACAGAGAUCACCCUUUCCUUCAUCUCAAUGAAGUCAUGUACAAAGGAAUUGUAAUUUUUUUAUGCUUUCUGUUUUGCAUUUUGUCCUUUUCUCUCAGAAGGUGCAGUAGCCCUCUUUGGACUUCCAGGCUACUCUGGAUUACCAGGUGCAAAAAGGACUGCCCCUUGUUUCAGUAAUCCCUUCUCCAGCCACAGCUUGUACUUCCCAAAAUGGGUCUUGCUCUUGCAGCCCUCUAGGAAGAGAUCCAAGCAGUCAGUUUCAGUGUUGUGAUAAUGACAAGAGAAGAGCUGGCAGGGCUGGCAAGCCUGAAUUCCUUGCAGGGGUCUGCAACUCAGUGUACAAAGCAUCAUUUAUUUUGUGUAAGUAAAGAUUUGCGCUGGUAGAAGUCUCAGUAUUAAUAUGCCAGGCUAGCCUUUUCAGGCAAAGGUCCACAUUCACUUAUGAACAGCAUUC